CGAAGGUCUCAUCCAACCGUUUCUUGCAAGAAGCCAGAGACUCCGCUGCUCUAGUCUGAUUGGGAGACUUCUCUUUAGGCUGCUCGUGCUCCUCCUUUCGGAACAAACGAGACUGGAGGAAAGCGAAAGCGGGUGGGCGGGAGUUUGUGCUCGACUCCGCCAAUCAGGGCAUUCCCCCGGUGGACAGUAUCCAGGAAGUCCAAGUCUAAGGGAGGGGACGCUUCAGCGAGAAAGGAAGCGCUGCUGUGUUACUGAGAGAAACUAUCCUGGAAUCAUGGAUUGGGAGGAAGAAAUGCCAUGCCAGAGUCACGGCCACUUUGAUCAGGCUCAAGGGCACAGCCAUGGGCAUGGACAUGGGCACGGGCACAGUGGACACAUGCAUGGGUUCAUGCCAGACUUUCAUGGACAGUUUGGACACAUGAGUGAAGCAACAAUGGACCCAACACAGCAACCAAAAAGGCGUUCAUUUAUGGAGGACUCUAACAAUUACGACAUCGUUAAAGCAACACAGUACGGUGUAAUUGAAAGGUGUAAAGAGCUCAUAGAGGCAGGCUAUGAUGUGCGGCAACCUGACAAAGAGAACGUCUCUCUGCUUCACUGGGCAGCCAUCAACAACCGAACCGAGCUGGUCAAGUACUACAUUUCCAAAGGUGCAAUCAUUGAUCAGCUAGGAGGGGAUCUGAACUCAACGCCUCUCCACUGGGCUAUAAGGCAGGGCCACCUGCCCAUGGUAGUUCUGCUCCUGCGAUAUGGAGCUGACCCUGCACUUGUGGAUGGAGAAGGCUUCAGCAGUGUGCAUCUGGCUGUGCUCUUUCAACACAUGCCCAUUAUUGCCUACCUGUUUGCAAAGGGACAGGAUGUUGAUUUGCCAGAUUUAAAUGGACAAACCCCAUUAAUGCUGGCGGCCCAGAAAAUAAUUGGUCCAGAGCCAACCCGUUUUCUUCUGAAGUUCAAUGCUUCGGUCAACGCUGUGGACAGGCUGUACAGAAACACCCCUCUGCACUGCGCUGUGCUGGCAGGCAAUGUGGACGCAGCUCAUAUACUGCUGGAGGCUGGGGCCAGCGUGGACAUUCAGAAUGCUAAGGGAGAGACUCCUAUUGAUCUUGCUCAUCAAGUCCACAGUCCCCUGCUGAUUCACAUGCUGACCCAAGUAAAGUAUGAAAGGAGUAAAUCUAACUCGCUCUGUUUCCGCUUCUUGCAGACAUACAAGUUCCAUGUGAUGUUGCUGUUAUGCACACUUGUGCUGUGGGCUCUGGGAGCCAUUGCAGACAUGCAGACAGAGUCUUGGCUUCUUAAAGGAAUCCUUUUCGCCUGCCUGUGUGCCGUCAUCAAUCUGACUGCACGGCCAUUCCUGGGCCAGGAAAGCCAGGGCAAGAUGGCUGUGGCCAUCCUCUUGGCCUCGUUCUUCUGGAUGGCUGUCACCUGGUACAUGUGGUUUCUGCCCGAUCUGUCAGAGGCAAUUUUCCAGCUUCCUUUUACUGUCUGCAUUACUGGUCUUUUCUACUACUACAUCAGAAGCUGGAAGACAGAUCCAGGAUUUAUAAAGGUUACAGAAGAGGACAAGAAAAAGAAUGUUGUAUUGCUGGCAGAAGCAGGCUGUCUGGACGUGCGGAUCUUUUGCACCUCCUGUCUUAUGAGAAAACCGUUGCGUUCAGUACAUUGUUUUUUGUGUGACUCCUGUGUAGCAAGACAAGACCAUCACUCCAUAUGGAUUAACGGCUGCAUAGGUGCUAGAAAUCAUCGAUAUUUUGUGAUGUUUGUAUUUUUUCUGACCGUAGUUGGGACAUGGAUGUUUUAUGGCACGCUUGUUUAUUGGUCUUCUCAUUGCAAAACCAGCUAUCAGGUCCAUGGUUUGUGGGGAGUUUUGACCCAGGUGGCUGGCUGCUCUCCAUGGGUGCUAUACAUUUUUUUGAUAGCUUUCUUCCAUACUGCAUGGUCAUCCCUUCUGCUGUUGACACAGCUCUAUCAAAUCGCCUUCUUUGGAUUGACUUCAGCAGAGAGGAUGAAUCUUUUGAGUCGGAAGCAGAAAGCCAAGCAGUCUUUUUCACUGAGACAAAACCCAUACAAUCAAGGGUGUGUGAAGAACAUGGUGAACUUCUUCCAGCUGAAGUGCUGUGGCCUGUUCAAGCCCACUGUGGUAGACUGGACUCAGGAGUACUCCACUGGUUUGGAGCACCCAGUCGCUGGUCCAUUUCACACAGUGUGAAACAGCGACGUCUUAUCCUCAGAGAGUGAAAGUAGUUAAUAUGUGGAUUCUCGUGCAAAGCCACAACAUUUUUAUUGUGCGACUGAAGGAGGGAUUCACAACCACUGGUUUUGUAGGUUUCUGCAGAGCAUCAACAGACUUAACCUUAAAGCAACCAAUUUAACAUUUUGCCCAGAUGUAAAGAUAUUUGUCUAUUAGUCAGUGACCUGUAGGAUUACAGUGUGGACCACAGUAGGGAAUGUAAGUGUGAAUGACAGAUGAGAGAUGUUGUUUUUCAGGGAUUGUUACAUAAAAUGUGGCCUUAUGCUGAAUAUUCUGAAAAAGAACUGCUAAACACCAUUUUAUGUACUGUGACUGUGUCACAUAUUGAAAGCCCGUUAGAAAAAUCUGUGAAGUUCCCUUUGUAACGUUUGACAGAAGUUUGAAGACCAGGAAUCAUUUUUAUACAAAGAUCUGUAUCGAUCAGGCAAUGUAUACACAUUUUAUAGAUCGUCAUAGAGAGUAACUUGCAUGUAAUUUGAAUAUUUUUAAAUUAAAUGGUUUUGUUAUUUGUAUGCUAAAGAAAACACUUUUAUAUCAUAUAUAAGACUAUUGCAUUGUUAAUAAAUUAAGUUUUUUGCAGUUAAGAAACAAAUUUGUUUUUGUGAAGAAUCUUUUUAUUAUUUCGGGGGCUUCUAUCAGAUUUCUAUAAUUGUAUGUGUUUAAAACUUUUUUCAUUCCUCAAUAAUAUUUUUCAUUUAGGUUUGUAUUGAGCUCUUACAUGGUACUAGUUUUAAUCCAAUCGGGAAAAAAAAUAACUAUGUCUUGGGUGCACUUGUUUCAUGCCUUAAAUAGUAUACUGUGAAAUGUCAAUUUUGUAAAUGCAAUAGUAUCUGCAAGAUGAACUCCUAUUUUGAAACCUACUCUUUUAGUUACAAAAAUUUUGAAAUAUUAAAACAUUUCAUGGAUUAUACAUCA